GUGGGCUCGUUCUAAAUCCCUCUACAAAAAGUGCCCUCGGAUCGAUACCCUCUUCUUGUUCGCCUCACUUCCUCGACCACUCGCGCUCUCGUUUACGGCGGCGAAAUGGAUGCGGCCAAGGUGAAGGAGCUGCGACUGUUUGUGGAGCAGUGCAAGAAGAACCCCACCGUCCUUGCCGAUCCUUCGAUCGCCUUCUUCCGCGACUACCUCGAGAGUUUGGGCGCGAAGCUUCCUUCGACGGCUUACAAGACCGGAGCGUCACCCCAUUCGUGUGCAUGCGAGGGGAAAGGCCCACUGGUGGAUGAAAUAGAUGAGGAUGAUUUUGAUGCAAAAGAUUCUCCUCAAGUAGACCAUGAAUCUGAUGAUGAAAUUAUUGAAUCUGACAUUGAGCUGGAAGGAGAAAUUGUAGAAGCUGAUAAUGAUCCUCCUCAAAAGAUGGGAGAUCCAUCUGUUGAAGUAACAGAUGAAAAUCGUGAUGUCUCUCAAGAGGCUAAGGGUAGAGCUAUGGAAGCAAUUUCCGAAGGGAGAUUUGAGGAGGCUAUUGAGCAUCUCACAGAGGCAAUAUUAUUGAACCCAACAUCAGCAAUAAUGUAUGCUACUAGAGCAUCCGUGUAUAUCAAGAUGAAGAAACCUAAUGCUGCAAUCCGUGAUGCAACUGCUGCUUUAGAGAUCAACCCUGAUUCUGCAAAAGGCUAUAAAACCCGGGGUAUUGCUUUUUCUAUGCUUGGGAAAUGGGAGGAAGCUGCCAAGGAUCUGCAUGUGGCAUCCAAGUUGGAUUAUGAUGAGGAGAUAAGUUCUGUGCUAAAAAAGGUUGAACCCAAUGCACACAAGAUUGAAGAGCACCGUAGAAAGUAUGACCGGCUACGGAAAGAGCAAGAGGACAAAAAAGUUGAACGUGAGAGGCAGCGUCGAAGAGCUGAGGCUCAGGCUGCUUAUGAGAAGGCCAAAAAACAAGAGCAAUCAUCAUGUAGAUCAUCAGGAUGCACACCUGAUGAAUGCGCUGGAGCCAUGCCUGGAGGUUUCCCAGGAGCCAUGCCUGGAGGUUUCCCAGGAGCCAUGCCUGGAGGUUUCCCAGGAGCUAUGCCUGGAGAUUUCCCAGGAGCUGUGCCUGGUUCUGUGCCGGGAAAUAUUGAUAUGAGCAAGAUUCUGAAUGAUCCUGAACUGAUGGCAGCCUUUAGUGAUCCGGAGAUCAUGGCUGCUCUUCAAGAUGUGAUGAAUAACCCAGCAAACUUUGCCAAACACCAAGCAAACCCCAAAGUGGCCCCCGUCAUUGCAAAGAUGAUGGGGAAGUUUGCCGGACCCAAAUAGGACUGUCGUCCCUCGAGAAGCUCACUGAAGAAGAUGGUCAUGGUGGUUCAGACUCGUCAGUAACUAGUUUCUCUUUGAAAUUCUACAACCAUGCUUAUUGGGUGGAUUUAAUGUAACAGAAGUCUCUUGAAUGACCUUCUGUGGUUGGUUCUCUCAUAAGAUUGAAAAAAUUGGUACUUUUAGUGUCUAA